UUCGGGUCCGUUAUUUGGAUUUUUAAAUUUUUCGGAUCGGGUUUAGUUCGGUACCUUUCGGGUUCGGGUCGGUUCUGGAUAUCCAAAUAAUUCUUCUUUUUGAUCUCCUUUACUCAACAUUUAGUGGUUAAAACACAGAACAACGGAAAAGGCAAAUCGGGAUCAGCCACCGGCGAUGAAGGAAGACAUGGAUAAGAUGGUGGCGGUAGGGCUCGUAUGGGGAGCCACCAAUGCUCUGAUCCGUCGUGGCGCUCUUGCCUGGGAUAAAACAAAGUCUUCUUCGACAACAGAAUCUCAUUCUCCUCCUCUUCAGAUCCGCCGCAAAAUCAUGAUUGCUCUCCGCGACUGGAUCAAUCUCCUCCUCUUCUGGCAAUACUCAAUUCCUUUCCUCAUAAACCUCUCCGCCUCCGCCACAUUCUUCGCCCUUCUCAGUCACGCUCCCAUCUCUCUUGCCGUUCCGGUGACUAACGCCACAACCUUUGCCGCAACCGCCGCUUUUGGGAUCCUUUUAGGGGAAGAAACUCAAAUCGGACUUGCUUUGUUAGGUACGAGCUUUAUUGUAUUUGGAAUUUGGCUUUGUGUUCUGUGAAAUUCGAAUUUUGUAAAACCGUGACUCUGUUUCUGUGAGAUCUAUUUUGCGAAAGAACUAUUUGUGUACCAUCUUUUGAGAAUUUUAGCUAACUCUCUGCAAUAUUAUCGAAGGUAAUUAACAUUACUAGUCAAUGAAACAAACAGUGACUUGCAAUGAACGCAUCGAA